UGCAUGUCAUGAGGUCUAAGGGAAACAAUCUGACUCUCAGCCUUCCUACAUCCAGCCAAAUUCUGAUGGGACCCUCAAAUAACUCUGGCAAAGUGUUCUGUUUCUUUUGGAUUUGAUGAAUGCUUGUUUCUGUGAAGAAGUGUCAUCAUUUCUUCCUUUCUUUUGGUGCACAAGUUACCAAGAGCAGCAGCUUAAAUCCAAAUAACCCAGCUAGAGAAGGCUCACAUCAUUCAUACUGUCGUUACUGCCUGCAGUCCCUUCGUGGAAGGAAAUACGCACUAAGAGAAGAAAAUGCGUACUGUGUCGCUUGUUAUGACAGCCUCUUUGCCAACCCCUGUGAAGAGUGCAAACAACCCAUCGAGUGUGAUUCCAAGGACCUGGCCUACAAAGGCCGCCACUGGCACGAGCGGUGCUUCAAGUGUGCCAAAUGCAGUCGCUCGCUGGUGGAGAAGCCAUUUGCUGCCAAGGACGAGGUCUUGCUGUGUAAUGAAUGCUACUCUGAUGAGUAUUCUUCUAAGUGUUUCCACUGCCAGAAGACCAUUAUGCCUGGUUCCCGUAAAAUGGAAUUCAAGGGAAGUUCCUGGCAUGAAUCCUGCUUCGUUUGCCAGUACUGCCGGCAACCGUUGGGAACAAGCCCCUUGAUCACCAAAGACAAUGAGAAUUACUGUGUGCCCUGUUUCGAGAAGCAGUUUGCUCACCAUUGCUACUCCUGCAAAAAGGUAAUAACUUCUGGGGGAGUGACCUACCACGACCAGCCUUGGCAUAAGGAAUGCUUUGUGUGUGUGGGGUGUAAAACCCAGCUGUCUGGACAAAGGUUUAUUUCCAAAGACGAGUACCCAUACUGUGUAGACUGCUUCAGCCAACUGUAUGCUAAGAAGUGUGCUGCUUGCAAGAAACCUAUUACAGCUCUCGGGACUGCCAAAUAUAUCUCAUUUGAAGAGCGUCAGUGGCACAGGGAAUGCUUCAACUGUGUGAAAUGUGCCGUGUCGCUGGUGGGCCAGGGAUUCCUCACUCAGCAGGGUGAUGUCUUCUGUCACCAAUGUGGUUCUGCUCCAUAGCUCUGGAAAGCUGUGCAGCUGCACUAUUCUCGCUCUGUAACAAUAUACUUCAUUACUCUGCACUAAGAAAAGCGUAUGAAAGGUAUGACAGUUAUUUAGUCAUUCAAGUAACUCUCCAACAGCAGUUUAAUUCUAUGAUAGUUCUCAACUGCUUACAAAAAAGCCUUGAACAGCCCCAUGCUGGUUAAGAAUAUAAUGCAGGAAAGAUUCAUAUCUAUUUGAAAGCUGACUAAAGUAUGUUUCUCCUUGUAACACACUGCACUCUGCUGUUAGAAGCUUAAAAACUUACAUUUCACCUUCCAUGAACCAAGCAGGAUUGUGAAAAGCCUACAUGGCAUAUGAGUAAGGAUGAGGCAUUAGCACUCGCUUCACAGAUUCAGUCCUUGGUGUGGAAAGCUGGGCACCUGCACUUUCCCAUUGUAUCACAACACUGAUGAGAACAACUUGUAAAUAUCAACUUCCUUAACACUUUGGGGGGAAAAGGCUGCUGACAAAGCAAGCAGAUAGUGGAAGGAGGGUGUAGUUUUUACACCAAGUGAGAGACUCAUUCCAGGUUCACAUAAAGGGAAAAAAGGUCAUUUUCACAGAACAAUAGAACCACAGAAUGGUAGGGGUUGGAAGGGACUUUUAGAGAUCAUCCAGUCCAACCCCCCUGCAGAAGCAGGGUCACCUAGAUCAGGUCACACAGGAACAUGUCCAGGUAGGUUUGAAAACCCCCAAGGAAGGAGCCUCAACACGCUCCAUUUGGAUAGUUGUAAACAUUAAUAAGAUCCCCAGUUUUCUCUCCCUGCUGAGACUGCUCUUCAGGAGUAUAGUCUUAAGUCAUCAAAAAAAAAGCCUGAGUGACAGGUCCUUUUCCAAAAUUGGUUAAUUUUUACUUAUUUCUUGUUUUAGAACAUACAUAAACCUAUAUUUAGAGCUACUGUAAGAGGUGAGGAUUGCCCAAGAUUGCCUAGUGCUGGUGUACACUUCCCUAUAGCCAGUACACCUUUAUUGUCCAUCUCCAUUGUCUUCACCAGACCUUCAAAUACAUGCAUAGAGCAUGUUUCUUUACUAGUACACACAAAAGACAACUCAUACGUGUCCCUUUAACCUUGUACUUUUCCUCCCCUCAAAACCCACUUGCCUGCAAUCAAAGCACAGCCAACAGCCUCACCAUUUCCAGCCUGCCAGGUCUUUCAUUCACAGCCCAUCCCCUCUCUUGUAAAUGCCUGUUUGUCUAUAGUAGACUCUAAGCUCUUCAAGAACCAACACCCCAUUCAUUUAGCCAUGUGCCACACAUAUUUGCCAAUAUUAUGUCAAAAAUUGGUAAUAUUGUAACACACUGCAGCAAGCUCCCUGGUGGCACCAAACUGGGAGCACUGGCUGAUUCCCCAGAGGCUGUGCUGCCAUUCAGCGGGAUCUCGACCGGCUGCAGAGUUGGGCACAGAGGAACCUCCUGAGGUUCAACAAGGACAAGUGCAGAGUCCUGCAGCUGGGAAGGAGCAACCCCCUGCACCAGGACAGGCUGGGGAUUGAACUGCUGAAGAGCAGCUCUGCAGAGAGAGACCUGGGAGUCCUGAUUGAUAAUAAACUGACCAUGAGCCAGCAAUGUGCCUUCGUGGCCAAGAAGGCCAAUGGCAGCCUGGGAUGCAUCAAGAACUGUGUCCAGUUCUGGGCUCCUCAGCUCAAGAGGGACAGGGAAGUGCUGGAGAGAGGCCAGUGCAGGGCCACCAAGAUGAUCAGGGGACUGGAGCAUCUUCCUUAUGAGGAAAGGCUGAGGGAACUGGGGCUGUUUAGUCUGGAGGAGACUGAGGGGGGAUCUUAUUAAUAGUUACAGAUAUCUAAAUGAUGGGUGUCAGGAGGUUGAGGCAGCACUUUUUUCUGUUGUGUUCAAUGACAGGACAAGGGGUGAUGGACAAAAGCUGGAACACAAGAAGUUCUAUUAAACAUGAGGAAAAACUCUGUCAGUGUUGAGGUGAGGGAGCCCUGGCCCAGGCUGCCCAGGGAGGGUGUGGAGGUUUUCAAACCCACCUAGACGUGUUCCUCUGUGACCUGAUCUAGGUGGACCUGCUUUAGCAGAGGGGUUGGACUGGGUGAUCUCUAAAGGUCUCUUCGAACCCUACCAUCCUGUGGUUCUGUGGUCUGUGUGAAAGCCAGGCAGUCCCCACUUUUAGUACAAGGUAUUCUUUUCUAGGUAACUGGCUUUGAAAAGGUUGUAUCUGCUUGCUGAGCUUCAUCACUCAAGUGUGUAUUACUAAAGGUUGUCCAGAGCCAACUUACAUGUAUUUCUCUUCUUCCUUCUUUCAUACUGUAGGUUACAAUGGCCCAAUUCAUCUGUACAAGGCCAUUGGGAACAGUACAGUGAUACUCAGAAUAGCAGAUUCUGCAUUGCUCAGGAGUGUUAGUCCUCAUAUUGCACACCUCUAAGUCAUAUGUUCUCCUUUAGACCCUGACCGUAAAUGCAUAGAGGUAUUUUGCUGACUUGAAGGGUCUGUAUUCAUACUGAAGACACGACAUUACUUUAGGUAGAAAAGAAAGAAUAUAUGUGCAUAGUUAAGCCAGAGCUAAGGUGGCAUAGAAUCAGGUUAAUAAUGACUGACCAAUAAGUACAUUGUGGUCUGUU